UUCACUCUGUGCAGUAGCUGCUCAACAUUGGAUUUUGUUUUUAUCCUGGAGAAAAUGCACCGCUCAAGUCUUCUUUUGCUGAAUUGUGUUCUGGUGAUAAGUCUCAUCCAAGGAUCCACGAGUUUUAACAGGUAAUUCCAGUCACAUCUGAUUCCUUUCAAUUCCAAAAAAACUUUGCUGGUUUUCAAUCGAUCGUUAAGAGGUUUGCUACGUCAGGUACACGGAUGGUCUUCUGUACUGCAGUGUCCUCUAUUCGCGUUUUAACUGUUCGCGUACAAUCGGUUGUCUUAGCUUCUUGUCAUCAUGCAUAUAGGCAUUGAAUGACGCAGCAGAAACGAGGCUAGUAAAUACUUGCUAGUCGUACAUUUUUUGGAGUAUUUUAUAAACUCCUUUAUUAAACCAAAUUUAAUUCGUCCCCAGCCGAACUGAUUUCGAUAAUCUGUGUCAAAACAUCUGGAAUUCAGCUGGAAGCAAUCUGAAAAUCGGUCAAGAAAUAGUUCUGUAUUCUGGAAGAAAGGCAAAACCUUUAAUCACUUUGACAAAACAAGGAAAGGCAAAAGUACAAACGGAUGUUUUUGUUAAAUUUCAAGGUGAGUUUUCAGCGCUUCACUCUUAAAUUUGAGCUUUUACUGAGAGCAUGUGUAACAGGGAGAAAGGUGUCAAUGUCACAUCUGAUUUCCGAAUGAUUAUUUUCCAAUUCAGGACGGGUAGGUCAAUACCCUGAUUAUAGGUAGAUGACUUCCACUGACCUUCUCACAAAAACAGUCUAAGAGAAGUGUAAACAACGGAAAGAGAACCCCUCCCCAAGAAAAAGGGAGAAAAGAUGAUGUCUAAGAUGUAGGUCUGACCAUUUUCUCUCGAUAUCUCACAUUUCUUACAGGCGUACCUUCCGACGGGAUUUUGAGAUUAAUAGUAGCUUGGGUGCAGGAAAGGGUUAUUUUAGAAAGGUUCUUAACGAGCUAACGGUAGUUGGGGGCACACCACUAAGUAUUCAGUACAACUAGUUACGACGGUUACUUUUUGUCAUCUUCUCUCUCUCUCUCUCUCUCUCUUGUUUAUUUAUUUUUUUGGGGGGGGGAAGGGGGAAUGGGUUGGUGCGCGUGUUUUAUGCGCCGGAGAACCACCCUUUACCCUUCAGACAAAGUGAGUAUCUUUUUGAAGGAAGUCAAAUGGUUUUGUUUGAUUUGUGUAUUACAAAGCUUUGUUAGACAACUACGAAGCAGACGAAAAUCUUCACGAGAAGCCAUCUGUUACCAAACAACGAGAGGAAGAUGUUUUUAUCGACGCCAUCAUCAAGACCAAUAGAGGACCAAUGCAGAUUGUUUUCGACUAUCUAAGAAAAAAAGGCAAAGUUUCUAUGAAGGUUUGGGAGAAACUGGCUGUCUCUUUUGUUCAAAUUUAUCUAGGUUUUAAAAUUACGAGCAGUAGGAGUCGGUGAUGAAAACUAUUACGGGAGAGGAAAUUUUACAUUUUACAUGGCACAUAACGCUGGUUGAUGUUCGUAAGUGGUUACAAAAGAAAUCGUCGUGAAAUAAAUUUGGCCAAAAACCACUACUAAUACGGUAACACCGUAGAACUAUACUUUACGAAAAAUCCUCGAAAGGCGACUUUCCAUCUGUAAGCACUGUUACUUUGCGCACGAAGUUAUCGUGCAAAAAUCGUGUCUUUCAAAUUUGGAAAUGUCCGCCGCGCGUAAGUUGCACGCGUCGUGCUAGUUCUGUUUUCAUCAUAACAUGUUUGCUCACAAUGCAAGAAUCAUUUUUUGAUCUUUACAUUUUUUCAGUGUAUUGAUCAAUUUAAGCCCGUCCUGAAGGAAAUGUGGUUCGAAAAAUACUCUAAGAGAGGACGGGGCCUAAAAUCUUCUGGUUUUGAACACACGUUUGUUGGUAUGUAUCAAUCUUAGCCUUCUAGUGUGGUGUUCUUGACAGUAACAAGAUUUAAAGAUGCGCUGCAAAGAUAAUUUGCGGAACCAAACUCAUUAUUAUCUCUUUAGGGCAUUCCUUUGACUUCAGACGCAGUAGAACUUGCUCUGAUGGCAUUUUUUCCAAGCUUUAUCCAUUGUUGUUCAUCAUAUGUAGAUAAUAAGAUUUUAAAGUAAAGUCUGUGGGUCUCAACUCUAUUGUUUAGGAGUAUCACCACCUUGUAGAUAUCCAUACAAAUCCUCAAAAUAUUACCAAAAAUACAUUUAUGGGUAUUCACUUUUCCGUGUUCUUCUUUAAAUAGGAGAACUGGGGUAUAGUAGAGGCAGUAAUACUAAGAUCACCAAAGGCUUCCACAACUGGUUCCAGUUUCUUACGGAGCGGACAUUAGGAAGAUUGACAUAUCACCCUCCUCUUAUUUCCAAAGAUUUUUCUGUUGAGGUAAGUUCCUUACUUUAGUUAUCUUUGAAACAAAACUUUCUUUAUUCGUUGAAUUUCACUCGCCAGUUUUAAUUUAUCAGUAAGCCUUGACUUAAUGUACUCGACCCAGUCUUCCCAGUUUAAAUUCGAACAUUGAAGCUAGCCAAUCAGAUUUUCGUUUCCUACUUUUGUUUUCAGCCGGCCUUAGUAAGAGCGAAGUUCCAAUGGAGGGGGAAAAGGAAGCCUCCAGGAAGCAGCUUUUUCGUGGGCACCAGUCCUGAUUUUGAGAUGGCUUUGUAUACAGCUUGCUUCUUCGAGGGAAGUAACUGCUCGUGUAAACUUAACGGGAAACAGCUAAGUUUCAAAACUAUUAAGUUCUAUAAUAAAAGGAACAUCCUCACAGCAUACCCAACAGUUUGA